AUGCCGAGCUAUAGUUUGACAAAGGAAACAACUACGCCGCGUGAAGUGGCACCAUUUCUAAAGAGUCUGCGCCGGAUGCUUCUCGAUGAAAGUGAAGCUGUAAUGAGAUGGACGCCUGAUGGCCGUGCUUUUGAAAUUCACGACAUGCAAGAGAUGACGGCGCGCGUUCUACCAAAAUAUUUUAAGCACUGCAAAUACACGAGUUUUCAGCGUCAACUUAACUACUUCAGCUUUCGCAAGUGGACGAAAUCCAAAGCAGUGGUUUGUACCUUUUCCAACGACUGUUUCUUGCGAGAUCAACCCGAAUUGGCUUGGCAUAUCACACGCAAAAAGUCGCUUAGCCCACUCGCACUUCCCAAGUACAAACUUGGAGCCGCUGCUCGUUCACUAGUCAUUCCUUACUGGCAAAAAGCUUCCGCGCCCAGUCCCAUUUUGUCGAGUUUGUUAUCGGCCGGCAACAAUUGCGGUCGUCUGUUCCUGCCCGCGGCAGCAUCCACUGAUGUGACAAAGCUGCACGAUAAACACUAUGUUCAGCCAGCGCAAGUGAGCUGCCGCUAUAACAGCUUCAAUGUGGCGGCGUCAUUACCAUCGGAAUCGCACAUCGCGGCGAAUGCAGGCGAACAAGUCGAAGCGUUCGAUUGGAUCGAUUGCCUUUUGCCGCCAUCAGAGGAUGCGUUCAUCUACAUGUAUCCAUUGGCAUCGCCUUAUCCCAGAACUUUGCGCAAGAGUCUUGAGUCUGUUCAGUCUACUAGUCUGUGA